AAUUUCCACCGUCUGUAUGUCUCCUCCACUUUCAUGUCUCUAGCAUUGUCCCGUUGCAUUGUGGGCCUUGUAGUCCAGCGAGGCCUAUGCCCUCUCUGUCUCAGGAUUCCCAAACGCCUCUCCCUGAACCGCAAACCCCAGCAUGCAACGGGGGCAGCUAGAGCCAUUAAAGUAUAAGAGGUGCGCUAUAACUAAGAGCUUAGUGAGGCGGUGUCUACUGUCUUUAAGGGCCGAAGGGGCCUCCAUUUUGCCUCAGGCAGGCUUCCUUAAUGGCGGCGGUGGCGGUGCUGCGUUGCCUGGGCGAGCCAGGCCCCCCUCGUGAGGCGGCGGCGGCGGCGGCGGCGGCGGCGCUGCUCCCUCCGUCGGCGGGGCUGCUGGUGGCUCCCUCGGGCGGAGAGUGGGCCGCCUCCUCCUCUCCGGGGGGCAGCCUGGUCCUGGCGAUCCGGGCGCCGCUUCCGGAGGCCCAGCCGGUGCUGCUGUGCGCGGCGGUGCUGGAGGAGGAAUCCACCUGGGGACUGGAGCUGUGGCUGGGGCGGCCCUUCCUGAGGCACCUGGGCCUGGCUCCGGGGAAGGCCGUGAGGGUGUGGCCCGUGCGGAGGCCUCCGCUGCUGGGCUGGGUCUUGUUAGGGGGCGCCUCCGCCGCCCGGCCUCCGAGGCUCCUCCCGCCGGGGCCAGGCGUCUUAGUCCGGCGGGGAGAGGCCCUUCCGAGCUCGGGGCUGCGAGUGCUGGAAGCCAGGCCUACUCUGCAGGGCCUCCUGGGCGCCGGGACCCGCGUGGCCCUAACGGAGCUGAGAGGCUGGGAGGCGCCAAGCAGGCCUCCGCCUUCUCCUCCUGCUCCGUUGGUCUGCAGCUGGGUCCCUCGCGGGGAGAGGCUCCUGGUCGGGAAGCGGGGCCGCCCUCCUCCUCCUUCCUUCCGGGGCGAAGACGCCGCAGAGGCCCUUUGGGUGACCCCCGGCUCCUUGCGCCGCCUGGGGCUCUUCGAUCGAGAGUGGGUUUCCCUGAAGGGCCAAGAAGGGGAGCCCCACCUGGCCCCCGUCAGGACCCUCCUCCUCCUCCGGGGCUCGCCAUGGGGAGAGCGAGGGGAAAGCGGCGCCUGCCCGGGCCACACGGCCCUCCUCCCCGCCGCCUUGGCCUUCAACCUCUCCUGCGACCCUUUGGAAGGCAGCCUCCUCCAGCUCCAGAGAUAUGGUGAAGCUGCUGGUGCACAAGAGGUAAAAGGAAGCCGAUCCUUGCUAUCUGUGCCACCCUUUGCCAAGGAGCUACACAUAGAAAUCGUGUCCUCGCCAGCCUACAGCACCAGAGGAGUCUAUGACCAAAUUCUGUACCGACACUUUCAAACUCCCAGGCUAGUACAAGAAGAAGAUAUUUUGUGUGUUCCAACAGCUGGACAUCCUGAAUUUUUAGAAGGAAAUACAGAAAAGUUUUUUAGGUGGUCAGAUCUCUACUUUAAGGUUAAAAAGAUAAUACCAGUGGAGGAAAAGCACCAAAGUGUAGGAUACUUGGUUGACACCAAGCAUACAUCUUUAUUUCUGGUUGGUUCAACAAAUAGUGCUGUUCCAUCUUUCCCAUCUCAAGAUGCCCAAGGUUACUGGAGCAGUUUGUCACCUGCUGGGCUCUGUACUCCAGUGAAACAACUCUGUGAUAUUCUUGGCCCUUACUUACACAGCAGGGGAACUCUGUUAAAUGGAGCUGGAAGCAUUCUUCUUUCAGGACCCAGUGGUGUAGGGAAGCUGACAGCUGUCAGAGCUGCCUGUAGCCGCCUUAAUCUCCAUUUGUUCAAGGUGGAUUGUGUUGCUUUGUGUGGUGACACCAGUGCAUCUACGGAAGCAAAACUGUGUGCUGCCUUCUCACAGGCUGAGCUGUAUAAUCCUUGUGUUCUGCUGAUGAAAGAUGUAGAGCUGUUAGGAAAGGAUCGUGAUGGAGUUGGGGAGGACUCCAGAGUUAUCCUUGCAUUGAAGCAGCUUCUCCAAGACAGGGAAAUGAAGACUAGCAGUUACCCUCUCUUGAUUGUUGGCACAACAACCAAACUUGGGGAUGUCCCUACAGACUUGCAGACAGCAUUCCUUCAUGAAGUAAAAAUUCAAGCACCGUCUGAAGAGCAAAGGAAAGCCAUUCUAAGCAUGCUAACCGAAAACUUCUCACUGGGCAAAGAAGUGAGCCUGACCAAGCUAGCCCGGCAAACUGCAGGCUUUGUUUUAGGAGAUUUCUGUGCUUUACUUUCCCACAGCAGUCAUGCAGCCUACACAAGGAUUCAGAAUUCAAGCUUUCUGGGAGCACCAAGUGAUGAAGAAGAGCAUGAUUUUUGUGCUGCUGGCUUCCCUCUGUUGGCAGAAGAUUUCACUGUUGCACUGGAUAAACUGCAUGAUGCUCAUUCACAGGCAAUAGGAGCCCCAAAAAUACCUACUGUUUUCUGGCAAGAUAUUGGUGGACUCCAGGAUGUGAAGAAGGAGAUCCUGGACACCAUUCAGCUUCCCCUGGAACAUCCAGAGCUACUGUCUUUAGGUCUUCGCCGCUCUGGCCUUCUGCUCUAUGGUCCACCUGGAACAGGAAAGACAUUGUUAGCUAAAGCUGUAGCUACAGAGUGCACCAUGACUUUCCUCAGUGUGAAAGGUCCUGAGCUCAUUAAUAUGUAUGUUGGACAAAGUGAAGAGAAUGUCCGUGAAGUGUUUGCCAGAGCAAGGGCAGCUGCUCCAUGCAUAAUAUUUUUUGAUGAGCUUGAUUCCUUGGCACCCAGUCGUGGGCGGAGUGGAGAUUCAGGGGGUGUAAUGGACAGAGUAGUGUCUCAGCUGCUAGCAGAGCUUGAUGGACUUCAUUCUUCACAAGAUGUAUUUGUUAUUGGUGCUACAAACAGACCUGAUCUUCUUGAUUCAGCAUUGCUCCGACCAGGCAGAUUUGAUAAGUUGGUCUAUGUAGGUGUAAAUGAAGACCGAGACUCUCAGUUGCAAGUACUAAGUGCCAUCACCAGAAAAUUUAAGUUGGAUCCUUCAGUGAAUCUCCUUGAUGUUCUUGACAAAUGUCCUGUACAGCUAACUGGUGCAGACUUGUAUGCAUUAUGCUCAGAUGCUAUGAUGUCUGCUAUCAAGAGGAAAGUGGAGUGGAUAGAGGAAGGACUGGAUAUAGAGAACUCAGAGCUCACAUUGACCAUGGAUGAUUUUGUACAAGCUACAACAAGGCUGCAGCCUUCUGUUUCUGACUCAGAACUGCAUAGAUACAAACUGACCCAGCAGAAAUUUGCUACUUGAUAAGCAUCUAGAAGAGCUGAAAAGGGAAUACAAAUAACUAGAACAGUAUAAUCCCAAAGGAUGUGGAAUAAUUUUGGUACGAAACACCAUUCAUGUUGGAGAAAUGAAAAGGGCACAGUCUGUUGGAUUCUGAUGAGAGAGGAAUGAGACAUAGUCAUGGAACUGAGAUCAAUGACUUCUAAGCUAAGGUGAAAUUUAAUGCAAAUUUGUCAUCAUUCAUGCUUAGUCCCACUGCAGAUCUACAUCAAAUGGAAUUCCAUGGGAUGAUAAUAAUCUUGAUUCUAGGAAUAUGGGGCAAAGUGGCUGUAAGUAUUAAAAAAAUGUCUAAAUAAAUACUGAACUCCUUUCUGAGAAAGACAA